GCAUUGGAACGAUGGCGUCGGAAGUAUUCUUGAGCGCAUUUUUAGCGCUAUCCAAGUUUACGUACAACAACACGGUAAACGGACCGGGAUGUUUCGCAAUGUUUGGUUGCUAUCCGAUCGAACCACCGUGGGUUAGCGAACGACGGCCCAUAGCGCUGUAUCCGAAGUCGCCGGAGGAGAUAGGCGUGCGGUUUGUGUUUUUCAACGCACAGCACCGGCAAUAUCCCAAGGAACAGAACCGAUACUCCAACUACAUAGACGUGCCAGAUCUGGUGGAUGCUACGAACAUUAAUCCGGAUAAAAUGAUUUACUUCAUCACGCACGGAUUUUUGGAAAAGGGAGCUACCAAAUGGAUCGAAAAAAUGAUGAAUCGUUUGCUGGAUAGAGAGCCGGAGUCUACGGUUAUUGUUAUCGACUGGGGUCCAGGUUCCGAUCCUCCGUACAACCAGGCGUGUGCCAAUAUAAGACUGGUGGGUACUAUCACAGCGCACGUCAUCAUUGAGAUCGCGCAACAAGUCGGUCUAAAGAAUCUCGAUAACGUGCACAUGAUUGGACAUUCGCUCGGUUCACACCUGUCAGGCUACACGGGUUACACGCUGCGCAAAGAGUACAAUGUGACACUGGGCAGAAUCACGGGACUAGAUCCGGCCGAACUAGCGUUUGCCGACACGGACGAGAUGGUACGUCUAGAUCCUAGCGAUGCGAAGUUCGUGGACGUGGUGCACAGCGAUGCAACACCGUUCGUGUCAAACAUUGGGCUCGGCCUGUACGCACCGAUCGGGCACGUAGACUUCUACCCGAACGGUGGCUUCAAUCAACCGAACUGUCCGGUGACGUUUUGGAAGGAGCAGAAUCGUUUUGUCUCGAGUGUGUUUCAAUACUUCAGCUGCAGCCAUUCGAGAUCGUACAUGUAUUUCACCGAGAGUAUUACGACACCGCUGCAGGUUGUGUCCUGUGGUUCGUACGAGAGCUAUAAUGCGGGCGAGUGCUUUGACUGCAGUGCAAGCAAUGCGCUGUGUGUCGAGUUUGGGCUGAACAGUUUGGCCAGCUACCGGGAGUUGAUCAGUCAGAACAAACUUAUACCACGGCAGAAUACACCGAUACAAUUCUUUUUCAAGACAAACUCGUACGAUCCCUUCCUGAUGCCGAAUGUGAAGAUCACGAUAAAGAUAGCCGAUACGCGACAAAGCAGACAGUAUGGUGCGGAGAUUGGGAAGAUCUUUUUGUACAUUUCUGGACUCGACGAGGCUGAACCGAAACGUAUCGACUUCAACGAAGAGCCUAGGUUAUUUGAGCCAGGACUGAACUACUCGAGUGUCAUCGCGGUACACAGCAAUAUCAAACCAGCGUCGGUAAAGAUCGGCUGGAAGUAUGAGACGAACUUGCUGAACCCGCUCACAUGGCGGCUUCUCUCAGCACCGCGUGUGUUCAUCAAGCAGGUACAGCUACAGUUCUUAACGCACCAGACAACACUGCAGAUGUGCCCGUCAACGGGGACAGGCAUCUCCACCAACGAGCUGGGCCUAUUUACCGAGAACAAUUGUAAACAGAAACCGGACCGGGGAUAG